CACAAUUAUUGUUUUAAAAAUCCCUAGUAUUGACUUAUGAUUAUUACACAAAAUAUAGGUAAUUUUUCACAGAAAACAUAAAUAAUAAUUAAUAUUUACAAUUAAUUUAACAUAAAAACGUUAUACCUACAUUUUGAUCUUAAUUUUACUUACCAAGCCAAUCAAUUUUCCCUGAUCAAUUCAAUUUUAAUUGUUAUAUUAUUUUAUAUUAGUACCCAGAAAACUGCAGAACAUUUUUUUUGAGCAUAAAUCAAAUGCCUUUUUUAUCAUAUUCUUUUAAAUGUGUAAACCUAUGUUGAGGUGUUCUACAAUACCUGCUCGUAAAUUGCGUGUACGCAGUGUACACACUUCCUAUUUCUUACACGCGGUUUCUCUAUUAGGGGUUCCUCGACACAUUCAAUUUUAUCAUUUAAAAAAUUCUAGCUUUCUUUUAGCUGAAGCUAUAUUUGAGAAAGAUGAUUUAAUCAAAACAUCACUAAUUACAUUUAUUUUUGCAAGUAAAUUCGAUGAAGGCAUCCUUAGAACCUCAGUAUAUUUUUACAGAUCUAAAUUACUUAAAUGUAAAAUAAUUAAGAUUAAUUAAAUUUUCACCUACAUUUUCCAAAUACAUCUCUGCAUAUCUGUCAUAUGUCCCGGUCAUGGGCGUUAAGUGAAAUAUAAUUUUUCAUUUGGGACUUUUUAUAUUUUGUUGGUGGACUGAUAUGAAAUUAAAAAAAAAGUCAUAAAUAUUAGUUGUAAACUUUCUUCAAGAUAGGAAAAUUUAAUGUGCAACUUUAUAGCAAGCAGACAUGCAGGCCUUUUGAUGAUCUAUGAGGUGGUUCCUAUAAACCAGCUCUCAGUGACGUUAUAUAUCAACCAGCAGACGUUUUGGAGAGCCGAGAGGCAGGUCUUAAAUUUCCGUUAAGGAAGCACAAUGGGCCUAUUGAGGCCUAAGUGACAUGGAAGGUCACCCCUACUUACAUAUACAGAUUGCAAGGAAUAUUAUAGCCUUUGCUGAAAUCUUACUUCAUUCCUAAACCAACCCUUGGGGAAAAUAUAUCUAUUUAGUUCCGAUAUAUAUUAUUCUAUCAGUAAAUAUACCUUCCAUUAAUUUCUUGGUCUAUUAAAAUAUUUAUUAUCUAGGGUCCAUAUUUCUUUCUUAGCAACUAGUUGUUGCGCUUAACAAUCAAGAAUAUUUGGUUGCUUCCAAAUAAUUCUGAAUCAACUUUUGUAACCACUAGUUGUUACAGAUUUUACUUAGAGAAUUCUGAUUUUCUCAAAGUGAUUAUAUAACAACUGACCUUGAUCAUAGCAACUUGGUCGGUAGCAUAACUGUAUGAUAUACAGCAUAGACUAAUUUACCAAUCGUGAAUACUAGAAUAGCUACUUUUGUCAAAGUUGUUACAUACAGUUGCUAUGAAAGUGGUAAGAAAGAUAACAACUAUAGUUACAGAAUAGACCCCAUAGUUUUAUAACUAUAUUAUUCUGUCUAUAGGAAUCAAUUUUUAUGAAAAAUAAUGUUUCAGUCUAGGUACUUGGAAACUUGAUGUUAAAAGAGAUGAAUAAGUAUCUUUACUAAAAACAAAGGUAUUGACAAAAUGAUCUCAUCUUAUUUGGGUUAAUGGAUAUCGUCGUCUUAAUUCGCAAACUGCGUAACUCCAUUUUUGGUCAAAAAUUGAUUUAGUUGCCAUCUAAUGUAAAAUUGCCAAACGAAUCCAUUGACACAACGCGUAACUCCAACAAAAAAUUAGUUUUCGUUCUAUUGCUACUUUAGAAAUAUACGUAAGUCCUUCGCGCCAAUUUCAUUUGGAAGAAUGCGUAACUCCGUUAGUUGCCAUAUGAAUCAACAAGUGCACGCGUGUUGUUGUCUUAUAAAAGUAGUGAAUUACGUGAAACACGUGUUACUUAUUUUAAAGGCUUAUCAUAAUCAGGUAAGAAAUCGUUUGUAUAUUAACUGAUCAAAAACUUUAAUAUCAGUAUGGUGAAAGGAGAUUAAAAUGUUUAUUUUUAAUAUCUUCACGGAUAUACGUAGUUUUCUCACAUUAACUUGAAUGAAAUUUGAAAACUAUACAAGGAGAUACGCACUUUUCACAUGUAAUUAUUAGGGUUUUAAUAGACAAGUAUAAUUUAGUGAUGACAUUGUUUCAGAAAAAUGUCAACUAGAACAAAAAGAAUUUUUGAAGCUCUGGCGAAAGUUAAUAAUAUGCCUUCAGAAGAACGGGAGUUAUUACCAGCCCUGGUACCGAAAUCGUCGAAGAUGAAGCCAACAUACUAGAUUUGGAAAAUAACUCAACUACGGAUAUUAUGUCUAUUAUUGAGGAGGCAGAUAUAGUUAUUCUUGAUGAUAAAGUUAAUUUUGAAAACGACGCCAUCGGCAUAGGAAGAGAAUUAGAUGUUCCAAAUUUCAGUACAGACAUUUCAACAGAUGGAACAAUAAGUUUUCAGUUAAACGAAGUUAAUAUUAUGCAAAGAGUUUCUAAUCAAAUUUUUGUGGAUGAUUUUGAAAUGUCUAAUAUAAUUGGCAAUAAUCAGGAAAUGGACUUGGAAGAAAAUGUAAAUUUGGAGUCAAAUGUAAAUAAACCAUUGUAUGAAGAAAAUCAAAGUUUAGAAUCAAAUGAUACUCAAAUAGACGAUGGGGUUAGCAAAGAUAAUCUACAAAAUGACACAAAUCGACAUAGUUAUGCAAAGUACGGAAUCAACGAAAACGCAUUUAAUACUAAUACACAAAGAGAGUCGGAUGAAGGUGACCCAUUGUAUGAAUUUAGCGGAGAGGAAAACGAAAGCCUAAGCUCAAAUGACACAAGAAUUGAUAAUCAAGUUCACAAAGAUGAUCUCCAAGAUGAUAAAUUAAAACAAAAACGUUCGACAAAAUACAAAGUUGACAAAAAUAAAUGGAAUGUCAAUACAAAUAGAUUUAAUAGAGAAAAAGGAAAAUCUUAUGCAGGGAAAAAGCAAGAGAAUGGUGUAUGGAAGUAUGAUUUGGUAAAAGGACCUAGGAUGCUGAAAAUAAAUUGCAACUGUAAACUUAGCAAAAAUAAAAAUUACAAACUACAGUGUAGACAGCUAGAGGAAGACACGAGAAAAGAAAUAUUUGAGCAAUUUUGGAAUUAUACCUGGAAGGAAAAAAAAAUAUUUAUAAAAAGUCAUGUUUGGGCACAUCCAACAGUUAGGAAGCAUGGUGAGAAUGAAGUUUCCAGGAGGACAUUUUCAAACAAGUUUUAUUUGGGCAAGGAAAGACUUAGGGUAUGCAAGAAAAUGUCCCUCAACACACUGGGUGUAAACGAAUGGGUUAUUAAGAAAUGGGUUCAAAGUGAUUUAAAAGACAACCAUCAAGCUUUACCAAAUAAACCUAAUUCUGAUCAAACAUCUAGCGCUCGUUUUAAAUUACUUCACGAUUUUUUUGAUUCCUUACCAAAGUUAGAAUCACACUAUUGUCGAGCCUCGACGUCAAAAUUAUACUUAGAACCGAUAUGGGAAUCUAAGGCUCAUUUAUACAGAAUUUAUAGGCAGUUUUGCACAGAUCAUAAUACAAAACCAUUAUCAAUUGCAAUGCUACACAAAGAAUUUGACAACAAAAAAUUAUCACUAUAUAAACCUAAAAAAGAUUUAUGUGAUACUUGCGUCGCAUUUGAAACUAAAAAUCUGUCAGAAGAAAAAUAUAAUGAGCAUCUGCAAUUAAAAAAAGAAGCGAGGGAUAAAAAAUCAAAAGAUAAAGAAUCUGCUAAUGACGUUUUCACCAUGGACUUGCAAUCCGUACUUUUGUGUCCUAAAUCCAAUGUGUCUUCCUUAUAUUAUAAAACAAAACUAAUUGUUCACAAUUUCACGGUGUAUGAUAUUAAACGCCACCAGGGCUAUUGUUACAUUUGGAAUGAGUCAGAAGGUGGACUGACUAGCAACGAAUUUACUUCUAUAAUCAUUAAGUUCUUAGAAAAACAUUUGAAACAAUACCCAAUAUUAGACAAUCGGGAAAUUAUUCUUUACAGCGACGGUUGUGGUUAUCAAAACCGCAAUACCACAUUGUCGAAUGCCUUAUUUAAUUUUGCAUUAGACAAAAAAAUUGUGAUUAAGCAAAAAAUUUUACAAAAAGGUCAUACCCAAAUGGAGGUUGACAGUGUACAUUCCGUCAUUGAGCGUAAGAUUAAAAAUAAGAAAAUUAAUGUGCCGGCAGACUAUGUUCAAAUUUGCAAGACGGCAUGUUUAAAAACACCCUACAAAGUCAAAUACUUGCUACACAAUUUUUUUAAAAAGUGUGAUGAUAUUAAUUUUUUUAAAUCCAUAAGGCCAGGGAGAGCAAGUGGAUCGCCAGUAGUCACUGACCUUAAGGCAAUAAAAUAUUCAAAAGAAGGAGUUUUCUACAAGUUAAGACAACCGGAAGAUUGGCAACUUUUACCUAUCAGACUGAACGUAAAUGUUGCAACACCGGUGGUUUUUGACAAUCUACCACCACUUCAUCAAACCAGACUGAAGAUCAAGACUGAGAAAUAUCAUCAUCUCCAACAGCUGAAACAGAGCAUUAAAAAAGAUUAUCAUGAUUUCUUUGAUAAUUUACCCCAUUACUGAAGAUUUGUUUUUUUUGUGUUUGUUGUGGCGAAGUUUAUUUAAAGUCAUUGUUCUUUUUAUAGUAAUUAACCAUGCAUUUAUUGCUGCGUUUGAGAAUCCACAUCGGAUGCAUUUUUUACAUCUCGAGCGUUUUUUUAUCCACAUCGGACACAUCUGUCCCAUUACAUUUACGUAUACUGAAUCACGUGAUCAAAGAUUUUUUACAUCUCAGAUGCAUCCGAUGUGGAUUCUCAAACGCAGCAUAUGUUACCAAUAAUUUGAAAUAAAGUAUUUUGUGCAAUGUUUUACCUUUUUUUCACAAAUAAUUUAAUUUGCUGCAAUACUUUUUCAUGUACCUACUAAUAAUAAUAAUUUGUU